UCCCAGCAGUCACCACCCUCCUAACAAAUCAACCAGCUAGCGAGAUAACUAGUACUGUACCCUCAUGGCGUUUCUGAACAGAUUGCUUAGUUCCCAAGAAGCCAGAAUGAAGAGAGGGCCAGCAACCGAUUCUCUGGCCGAUGGCCUGCGCUCGUCUCUGAAUUUUGAUGACGAGAGGUCCGGAGGUUCUGAUGGCGAGUUCUGUGCGAUAUGUUGUGAAGAUACGUCUGCCGACUUAUAUUUCUCCCCGUGCCGCCACAAAGCGUGUGCAGAUUGCGUUCAGAAGCUCAGACAGUCUGCGGUUUAUAAGGCUGAUAAAGGGGUCCGCUGCCCUUUCUGCCGUCAGAUUGUCGAAAGCUAUUCCAACACGCUACCUCCAGUAAGGUGCAAUAAACUUCAAGACGAUUACCUGCGAGACGAAAGGCAAUUCUUUCAGUUACUUGUUGGAGCUGGAAGUGCGAAAGGGAUGCCCAAAGAAAUCGUUCGGUAUGGAAGGAGCGGGGUUGUCUCUAUCGGCGGUUUGAAUGAGUAUGUGCCUCCCCCUAGCAUCACUGGUGCGGAGGGGAGUGGUUUGAGGUUGAACACGCGACCUGAUGACAUGAAAGAAGGUUACAUUGUCCCUCCUCUGAAGCCUCACGAUGACUUAAUCGCCAUGGCUUAUGAUCGCACAGGUUCAAGGCACUUGGCUUAUCACUUGCGUCCAGGAAACCCUAGACGGUCGAGAGUGGGGAAACAAGCUCUUGAAACCCUCGCCCCUCAUGCUGCAAAGCUCUCAACACAUUUGUCAGGAAAUUAUGUCAUGCAAAAGCUUUUUGACUAUGCAAGCAACACGAGGAAUGAGGUGGUUAAUGGGGAGACUGGCUUCACCUGCAUUGUGCGCUUUUUGACCUGUGACAAGGGGCUAGUAUCCUCUUCAAAAGAUCAGCGGGGUACUUUUACAAUCCAAAAAAUGCUCGUGUGCCUCUAUGGAGCUCAAGAAAUGAAGAUGGUUAUGGAAAGCAUAAAAGGAAGCAUUCUUUCUAUGGUGAUGGACCAGUAUGCCAUUUAUGUUAUCGAAAGAAUUGCUGAAAUUUGUAUUUGCUCAUUACGCCCCCCUGCGGGAAUGAAAGCACGAAUUCCACCAUCCUUGGCAUUCACUUCUUUAGCCCAAAUCUGCUCGGAGCUUGGUAAAGACCAAGAAACUUCGAUUUUAGUUGGACAGCAUGGGGUAAGGCAACAAUUCUGCAUCUUCUUUAAUUUUCUGUUUGAAUAUAUUCCCCCUUGCAUCUUAGCUGGUGUUUUCAAUGGAUCCAGCUGGCGUCGCUGCUUUUUGUUGAAAGCGUUCGGUGGUCACUUCCUUCAAGGCACGCGAUCGUUGCUGCCUUGAAUAUGGCUAGCGGAGGGGCUAAGCUCUUGAAGACACGUGCUGGAGUUCGCUCCAUGCAAGGCCUGCUAAGCUUGGACCUGGUGGGGGUAGCUGAAGCUUUGCUGGGAUCAUUAUCUGGCUGCUUUUCCGACAUGGCCUGUGAUACCUCCCCAUUACAGAGUGGGCGGUUGCUUCGAGCAUGCCUUGCGACACCAUCUCUGCCAUCAGCAUCACGGGCGAAACUUGUUGAUGAACUUCUCCAAGCAGCUGCACAUGUCUCAUAUUUCUGCAAGUCUGAGCAAGCCCUGGAGAUUUUGUGUUUUGGCCUGAGCAUCCUUCCAGACGAUAUGUUGAAUGCUAGGGUCGACAGGGUAUCAAGCCUGCUAAGUUCUCAGGCGUUUCAUCAUCUUCUGACCACCCUUGAGUACAUGAGGAAGACGUACUACACUGAUUCAACUAAAACACUCGGUGAUUUUGAGAGGAACAAUAACCAGAUUGCAGAGGUCACUGUGGGCGCUGCUGUUCCUCUUGAACCAGAAGCUUUUCCGGAAAUUUCCAAGGCGAAACCAGCUAACCCCCCCAAUCAAGCAAUUUCCAGGGCUGGUUCGGCUGUGCAAGAAAAGAGGGCUGCCCCUGCUGCUUCUUUUCAAGUCCCUCCACCGAAGCCAGAUCCUGUCCCUCCCCUUCAAAGCCUGCCCUCUGAUUUUGCGUCUGGCAAUAGCACUGCUCCGUUUGCAAAUGUGGCAGCUGAAUCAAGUGCGGCAGAAGCAGAUGACGCUAGUUAUGGGUGCUGUGUGGUCUGCAAGGCUCAGCCUGCCACUGUGCUUCUUCUGGAGUGUUCUCAUGUGUGCUCGUGUGCCAAGUGUUCUCCAUCCUUGGCUCUUUGCCCCGUCUGCAAGAAUCCUGUGUCUCUGUCCAUUGAACUUCAACCGACAUCUCCUCCACCAGCGGCAAGAGCGCCAUUGAGCUCGGCACGUGAGGCUGAAAUCGCUCGGAUGCCCCAUGGCUCCUCAGCUACGACUACCAGCAACGUUUCUGGACAAUGGCAAACUACCAAUGGGCAGAUGAGCAAUGCUGAAACGCAGCAGCCAGCUGCGUUUUCUUAUGGGGCCCUCAACUCUGGUGUCUCGUCCUCCUUAUUUCUUUCAGACCCCCUCAAUUCUUGGCCUUCUUCGUAUCAACCACCUCUUCCUCAGGGAGACAAUUCUUUUCAGCCGUCAUCUCAAGUCAUCCAGAGAGGGAGCCUCGCUUUACUACCUGACAGCUUUCAAUACUUACCAGCAGGUUCCAUCAACCAGAUUCUGGGGAACAGCAGACAAAGUGGAGAAUUUGCUGUUCGUCCGUCCCAGCCUCAUGUUUUCACACAAGCUGCGCAGCUUCCAGACGCCUUUGCUCCUACGGAUCCUGCUUUUCUUCUGCCCCCCCGCUCACUGAAUCCUGCAGCGUCGGAUUGGCUGCAGAACGACGGCCAUGAUGGCAUGGGCUCAGUAAUGAAUGGGCAAGUUCGUGCACCGUCAGUGUACCAGCCACCCGGAUUGUUCUAGGUGCAUUCUCAUCCCUGAAGCAGUCUCUUCUCUUAGAGUAGAACGAAUGACUAGAAAGAGGUGGUACAAGGGGAUAUAACUGUUACAAUGACUGAACGAUUAGAAAGAGAGAACAUGGGAGAUAUCGGGUUUGGGUUGUACCCUCUAAGAACACACACCUAUUCAACAGUUUUGUUAAGUAACCACUGUUGGGCUGAGAAAAGCCCUUAGGAUCUUUCCAGAGACUAAGUCCCAGUUGUAAGAGA